CUGUAUGCGGUUUACAGGUUAUGCACUGAGGAAAUUGAGGUGUUGUUAAGGUGGAUCGGUGAUGGGAGGAUUGUGUGUAAUCACACUUACUGAUCAGAUUGUUUUUGAAAACAUGCGAUAUGUGUGAUGAUAACGAUAAUGAAUGACAACGCAUUGGUAGAAGCAACAUACUUUACAGUCGAAGAGCAUUGAAGGAGGAAGCAAAAAAGAAGUUAUUAGCAGCUGUGGAGAACUAAUGCUAUAGUUAAACUUUCCAGGACAAUAUCGACGUCAAGAAGAAAAUUAAUGACCUGAAAUACAACCCAAUUUAAAGCGAUGUUUUGGAAUGCAACAGCCUUCGUGAGGAUAUGAUUACAAGUUACAAAAUGGAGCUGUAGUUUUACAGCCUUCAAUUCCUACCGUUAUUUCCCAGCGUGCUGAAUAAAGUAUCUACUGUGGUCCUUCGCUGUGUUUUUAGAAGACUUUGAAGCAGGCUUGAGCUGCGUGGCUGUUACCAUGUUGGAGCAGAUUUUGGCUGAUAUGUGGAUUGAGCCUGAACUCUUGGCUGAGCUAAAUGAAGAACAAAAACAGAUCCUCUUCUUUAAGAUGAGGGAAGAGCAAGUUCGGAGAUGGAAGGAAAAAGAGGCUCUGCUGGAGAAAGAGCAGUCGCUGGAGAAGAAAUCAAAGAAAGCCAAUGAAAAGUCAGUGAAAUGGCUGCUGGGUUCAGACAACGAUGUGUGGGUUUGGGUAAUGGGAGAACACCUUCAAGACAAAACUUACGACCAGAUCUGUGAUGACAUCAUGGCAGAGAGAGCACGCCAGCAAGCACAGCGAGAGGCAGAGGAGAUCAGGAAAAAGAACGAGGAGGAGCUGGUUAAAAGAUUUUCCAAUGCGCUGUCCCUGGAGCCCCAGAUUGACAGCUCUCUAGACAGCUGGAAGAAGGCGGCUGUUGAGGAAGAGCAAGCCAGACUAAGUGAGGCUGCUGAACAGAAGAGAACCGAGUUGGAAUUAAAGAUGAGGGAGGAAGAAGAGAGACGGCAACAUGAGGAAAAACUGAAACGAUUAGAGGAAGAGAGAACCCAGCAGAUUUAUAUGGACCUCAAGGAGGUCCAACAAACCGUGCAGAAGAGUGAAGACAAGGAGUGGCAGGAGUCACUGAGGAAGUCUAAGGCAGCAGAUGUGCGAAGGAGGUCUAUUGCGAAACAAGCAAGAGAUGACCACAAGCGUCACUCGCUGAAGGCUGUCGAGCAUGGUAGAGUGGCGGCAAUGUCAAAGGCAUUUGGUGGUGGAAAGCCUCUUCCACCAAAACCGAAACCAAGAAAUAACACCCACAAGACUGGAAGUAAAGCAGGACUUCGGAGGACACUCUCUACCUCGACCCGAGAGGUCAUCAUUAGGUGGUUUAAAGAAGAGCAGAUCCCGCGUCGAGCUGGUUACGAGAAGCACAGUGAGCAUCUUGCACCCUGGUUUCAUGGCAUCAUAUCGAGAGAGGAAGCAGAGGAUCUGCUCCGCUCAAAGGGGCAAGGAUCCUUUCUGAUCCGAGUCAGUGAGAAGAUUAUGGGCUACGUGCUUUCCUACCGAUGCCAAGACAGUUUCAAACAUUUUCUCAUUGAUGCCUCUGAGGAUUCUUACUGUUUUCUUGGCGUCGAGCAGUUGGUGCAUUCAACGCUAUCUGAUCUUGUUGAAUAUCAUAAGGUGGAGCCAGUUACUAUGAUGGGAAGAGAACAGCUUCUUGAACCCUGUGGACAGAUGGGGAGUUGCCUGGAUUACUCUGAUCUUUUUCAGUGACAGAUAUGCUAAAACAUGCCAUGCAGGGAUUAAGGUCAAAUCACUGCCUUCUGUGGUUUUAGAGUUUUGUACUUGUGAUCAUACACUUCUCUACUAAUGUACCAUACCUGUUCCCGGACGCAAAGGCUAGAAGUAAAAAAAUAUGUAUUUACUGUGUUCAAAAGAUAGGUUAGUGGCUUUUAGAGUCAGGGAUGGAAAUAAGCCUUCUACUGCAUAGUAGUUUCACCCAUUCCAGGUUUUACUAUGGGCUUGA